CGCGCCUCUGACGCAGUAGAACCGUCGGAGACUCCCGGUGGCCGCGCGCACAGCUUUCCAGCCUCCGUUCUGGUCUCCGCCCCGAGGAUGCCGCAGUCGCUGAGCGAGUGGGACGGGCCCCUGAGCCUUGCUGAGGCGGACGAGAAGCCGGCGCGCCCGCUGCGGGUCCGCUAUGGGGCUGUGGAGCUCCGGGAGCUGGGCAAGGCGCUCACCCCAACCCAGGUCCAGAACUGUCCCACAUCCAUUGACUGGGAGGGCUGCGACCCACAAAAACUCUACACCUUGAUUCUCACAGACCUAGAUGUUCCCAGCAGGGUGGAUCCGAAACUCAGAGAGUGGCACCAUUUCCUGGUGACCAACAUGCAAGGCAACGACAUCGGCAGCGGGUGCAUUUUGUCGGAUUAUAUUGGAUCUGCGCCUGCCAUGGGAACAGGACUUCACCGCUAUGUGUGGCUGGUCUACGAGCAGCCGCAGCGACUGACCUGCGACGAGCCCAUCCUGAAUAAAUUUACCGCCGCCAAGCGCGAGAAGUUCCGAGCCUCGUCCUUCCGCAAGAAGUAUGGAUUGGGUGCGCCUGUGGCAGGCACGUGCUACCAGGCCGAGUGGGAUAGCCAUGUGCCAAAGAUCUACGAGCAGCUCGGCGUCAAAUAGCCUGCCAUGUGAAUCCCAUUGCAACUGAAUAAAAAAAAGAGGGUGGUAUCUAAUGUUAAGCCCUACUUGGAACACACUUGCUGAAAACAGUGGGCAUGACUCGAGUCUUAUUGACUUCAGUGGGUCUACUCUUGAGUAGAAUGCAACCCAAUGAGCACAGGGAGAUUUGUGGCAGUUUCCCCUUAACUUGGUGAGCCCUUUUCAUGUGCUCUAUAAUAAAAGCAACCAAAAUAUCCUUGUACAUGGAUUC